UUAAACAAAAGCGGGCCAAUAUCUCGUGAGGGCGUCGCAAUCACGAUAAGAAGAGAGACAAAGGAAACGCCACCUCGCCAACUACACCUCCCCGCCUUCCACCAACCAAAAUAUUCAAGAAAAAGGCACCAGCGUUUGAAUUAACAACCUAAUUUUUUUACAAUUUCACUAUCAAUACUCCUGCCCCCAAACCCUAUAAGCAGAGAUAAAUGUAAAAGAGCACUAUCGCGGAAUCUUCCGCUUUUCCAAGGAAAGAAGAAUGGCCAUUUUGGUGCUUCAUGUAGGAGCUACAAAGCUUGGUUCUUUCGGUUUGUUUGCGGUGUAGAUAGGGAAAGUUUCAGUUUUUCUUAGGAAGAAAAAGAGAGAGAUGGGGAUACUGUUUGAUGAUGCUGUGGUAAUUCGGCAGUCCGAGAAAGAAGAAGAGCCCAGUGUUAUUACCGUAAAUUGUCCCGACAAGACCGGCCUGGGUUCUGAUCUUUGCCGCAUAAUUCUCUUCUUUGGCCUCACUCUUGUCAGAACUGAUGUAUCUACGGAUGGAAAAUGGUGCUACAUAGUGUUCUGGGUAGUGGGAAGAGAGAAUACGCGGUGGGGUUUGCUGAAGAAGAGACUGAUGGAGGCAUGUCCCUCCUCUUCCUUGGCUUCUGGAAUUCUCUUUUAUACCGACUCACGACCUCCUAAGCCUCCUGAUGUCUUCCUCUUGAAGUUCUGUUGCCACGACCGAAGAGGCCUUUUGCAUGAUGUCACGGAGGUUCUUUGCGAGCUCGAGCUGACAAUUAAAAGAGUAAAGGUUUCGACAACUCCAGAUGGGAAAGUGAUGGAUCUCUUCUUCAUAACAGAUACAAGGGAACUUCUACAUACAAAGAAGGGAAAGGAGGACACGUGCGAACAUUUAAAAGCUGUUAUCGGGGAUACCAUGAUCAGCUGCGAGAUAGAAAUGGUCGGUCCUGAAAUUACUGCCUGUUCUCAAGGAACCUCGUUUCUUUCAGAUGCAGUUUCCGAAGGCAUGUUCAACAUAGAGAUGCUUGACAAACCCCAAGAUGACUCCACUGCACUUAAACGCCCAUCAGUCACCAUGGAUAACUCAUUGAGCCCUUCUCACACUCUUCUCCAACUUGUUUGCCAGGAUCACAAAGGUCUCUUGUACGAUGUUAUGCGGACCUUGAAGGACUAUAACAUUCAGAUUUCUUAUGGACGCAUCACCACAAAAGCGAACACAAAGUGUGAGAUGGACUUGUUUAUCAUGCAAGCUGAUGGUAAGAAGAUAGUUGACCCAAACAAACAGGAUGCAUUGCGUUCUCGCCUUCAGAUGGAACUGAGUCGUCCUCUCAGAGUAUCCCUGAUCAGCCGUGGCCCUGAUACCGAGCUGCUGGUUGCAAAUCCGGUCGAGUUAUCUGGAAAAGGCCGUCCCCUGGUUUUCUAUGACAUUACACUGGCUCUCAAGAUGCUUGAUACGCUAAUCUUUUCGGCUGAAAUCGGGAGGUAUGUGAUUGGAGAUCGGGAGUGGGAAGUUUACCGGGUUUUACUAGAUGAAGGGGACCUGAGCUGCGUAUCGAAAGAAAAGGUGGAGGAGAUGGUUUGGAAGAUGUUGAUGAGUUGGAAGUAAUCGUUUUACACCACUUGGCUGCACGGCUGCUUGCUGCGCUCGACGCAAUGUGUAUAUAGUUCACACUCUGUCAGCUAAGUAUUUUCCUUUUUUCACUCUACAACAUAUGUAUAUAUUUGAGUAUGUAUAUUAUAUUGUAUUGUAAAAUUUAGCUUUGCAAGCCUUACAUAGUCUGUAUCUCCUAGUUUAAAACAGGUGACUACUCAACGAGCUUAUGAAAAGGUUUUUUAACUUGUCAA